AUGCAUCCCCAUCUGCACAUCAGGAGUAUAAACGCGACCCAAAUCGCCGUAAAGGUCCAGGUUCACCCGCUAUUUUUGCCUACCGUCCGGCCGUCUAUAGUUCUUUCAGGCAUUCCCAGCGCAAUAUGGAACGAAGACGAAGAAUACUUCGGAGACGAGCAGCACGGGGGAGCCAUACCUUCACGGUUGCCUCCUGUCAACGUUUCUCCGCCCUCAUUCCAUUCGGUAACGGAGCAAUUUACACCUUCAAGCCGCAACGCUGCCCAUUCUUCUAAUCCCGCUGGCACAGUCGACCUACGUUCUCAGCACUCAAUUGCUUCUCCCCGCAAUUCCGAAUCGUCCAAGGAUGCCCGUGCGGGUGAGAUAUCCCGGUGUCCCCCGACCGGAACGUCGUCACCCGACUCCUCAGAGACUGGCAGAGCCAAUGAACCGCCCAGCCCAGACCCCAAACGUCUCAGCGUGCCGGGCGAUGUCUACCAGUCAAAUGUGUCGACCUUGUCUCUACGGGGUAGCGUAGACACGGACAGAAGGACGUCGUCGACUAUAUCCCUCGACUGGAGAUCCGAAACCGAGUCCGAGCACGUCCGACACGUCGGCCGCCAGUCUAGUGCAGAGGCGCUCGGUCAGGCAGAUUCCGUCGCCGCUGCGGUCCAAGGCGCCUACCGCUCCGCCCAACAUACCUCUGCCUACACCGCCGCUCAGUGCCGCUUCCGACGGAGCAAUCCCGGCGGCGUACUCUUCUACAUCAUUUCCCUCCAUUCCUUCUAUCGUCUCUCAGCAGCAUCUACCAUCCGGCCCAAUGCCUCUCCCCACCACACCAAGACCCCCACCAAGAAGCACAUAGGAGACGAAAACAUCGAUAUCGACGGGACAGCCCACGACCAGCUGCGCCGCGCCGUCACCUCGCAGCGCUCGAAGAUCGACGACCUCUCCGAGUACCUCCUGGAGAUCAUCGGCAAGCACGAGGCGGAGAAAGCGCUCCUCGAGCACCGCAUCGAGUCUCUCGAGAACGAGGCGAGGAAGCGGGACAGGGAGAUUAGGGGCCUGCGCUACCUCCUCAUGAACGGCGGCGUGCCUGGGACAACGGAACCCCAGCGCGCCGCGACGCGCUCGCCGGGGGCGGAUACCAUCGAGGGCCUGCAGCUGCUCGAGCAGAUGACGCCGACGCGAGGAUCGAAAUCGUCGACGCCAGCCUCCACCCCUGCGUCGAAAACGCAGAGACGGUCGGCCACGCUGUACAUUCCCCCGCCCAUGCGUAGCCCGAGUCGAGCGUCAUCUGCGCGAUCGCCCACGGAGUCCGUGAUGGGGCUGGGGUUUGACAGCAUGCCGCAGAUACCGAACUGCCCGUCGGAGACGUCGUUGGCAUCGGUGUCUUCGACGUCGACCUCUUCACUCCCACGUCUCACUGCGGGGAAUACCGCUUCCUCGGACCUGUCUGCGAUUCCAGAGUCGCCGACGCCGUAUGCUGACCCCGACUCCCUUGAUGCCGCUGAGAAAGAGGAGAUGCGGUCUUCGAGGGUCUCGGUCGACUCGGCGACGAGCGCCUACGCGGCUAAUUUGAGGAGGGGAAAGACGAGGUCGUUUGGGCAGGUCAUGGAGAGCGAGCCUGCUCUGGGCGAGUUGGUGGAGAAGCUCAAGGUGUUGGCGGAUUGAUAACCCCGCCCCAAACGUACGCACUUCUCUUCUGCCCUUGCCGUGUGUCUCCAUCUUCAAGAAGGACGACCCGGUGUUUCUACAGUCAUUCCUGUGGACAUUAUCCUAUUUCCGCCUUGAUACUCGUGCAUGCUACUCCGAAGGUUUAUAAUUGGUACCUUGUACUUUCUCUGUUCAUCAUAAUUCACGUCUCUCGGCCCAGUCAUUCUCCGAUACCAUUGGUUCAUUCUGCAUCUCCGCAUUCGCAUUCGCAUUCAUUCAUAUUCUAGCAUCGUGUCAUCCAAGCCAUUGCAACCUACAGUACAUUAUACGUCUCAUUUCCAUCGGG